UUUCCGUUCGUGUAAUUCAGCUCCUGAAACGUUAAACACAAUCAAACUAAGAAAUCCCAAGCUUGGACAAAAAAGGAAAGGAUAUAUAUUGAAGUAAAGUAUACAAAACCGAGCGAGUGAGCAUUUAAGAGGGAAAGCGAAAGCGAAGCGAUGGCCAGCGAGGAUGUGCAGAUCAUCAGCGUCAUCGAUGCCAAUGGGCAGAGUUUACCGCUGCACGGCAACAGUUUGGGCGGUCCCUUGGGUCCGCCCGUCAAACAGAUGCGUCCCGAUGACGCCGAGAUCUGCGAGCUGGCGGCUAAAAUGAAGGAGCAACAUAAGCAACAGGCAUCCCGUCAGGCGGCCCUGCAACACUCGAAUGGAGGCAGCAAUGGAGCCGCCGGCGGUAACAUGCAGCCUCCAAUCACAAAUGGCAAUGGUCAGACCAACAUCAUGAGCUACCUAACCCGACACCAAAAACUACCCAAUGGCACCAUGCGGGUGGUGCCCGCUUUGGCCCCGAAUGGUCGAUCGAACGGAGCCAUCAGCGAUUCGGGAUCGGAUAAGAAGUCCUCAGCGGGAUCCUGUGACGAGGAAUCCAUCAACGGGCACUUUGGCUGGGCGCAGUUCGGCAAGGUGUCGAUACCCUACAUCUUCAGGCAGUCGGAGAAGUACUGCUCCGUGCGGAUGAUCGAGCUGAAGCUGCUGGGAAAAUACCUCAACGGCCUGCACCCGGACAUCUACUCCAGUUGCACCGGCGUUCGAAGCUUUUACAUCACCGACGCCGAGGCGCGUCUCUUUAUAGAGAUUAAUCACAAGCACUGCGAUGGGGAAUUCGGUCGGGACAUAUUCAACCAGAAGGACCUGGUGGUAAGACUGAGCGAUGCCUCCGAAUUCUAUCAGUUCCUUGACACCUGCUACUGCAAAUUGGUGUCGGGUAGCAAGACCUCUUCGGAGAAAUGUGGAUUCAUUUGCAUCAACAAGGAGUCCGUGGUGCCCUACACAGUGCACAAUAACCAGCAGGUUGUGCCGCUCUUCUACUUCGAAGGCGAAACUGAGAAUUUGAAGACCAAGGCGGAGUUGCUCAAUGGCUGGGAUUUGGCCUAUUUAAAGUUCGUCUGCAAGGUGCAGGGCAUUCGCAACGAGCUCUUCUCCAGCGAAAACGUCCCCGUGAUAUCGCUGACUGACAUCAAGAGUUACUUCCCCAACGUCACCUUCGAGGAUUAUUGGCCCAGCAAGCUGGUGGACUCGAAUUUGCUGAUUGGCAACCGGGCGAAUGUCAACAACUCUGUCAACUGGACCCGUCAACCACCGGCGCCACCACCGAAGGUAACGAAUACGGGAUCAUCCGGAACAUCGGGCUCUUCGUCCUCCUCGAGCGGUGGCAACGGCUUGGGCCAGAACUCAAGUUCAUCCUCGAAUUCGGCGAGCGGCCAACAGGUGUCCUCGAAGUCACAACAGCUACAACAACACGCUUCGGCGAUAGCUGCGGCUACCGCGCAGCAACAACAUAUUAUGAAGCAGCGCGCAGCCGCAGCAGCUGCCGCAGGCGCCGCCCACGGGGUGGCAAAUGCGCCCAACACUUUUAAGGAAGCUACGGUGGAGGCCUUCAAUACCCAAGCGGCGACAGAGGCAUUGCUGCAGCAGUCGCAGAACACCUUUCUUUUAAUAAUGGAUUUAUCACAUCGUUAUAAUCACACCUUAACACCAAACCUUUUACCGUAAAAUGAUGGGAGGAUCCUGU